AUGAACAGAUACACUCACAGCCUCAUAGACACCGGCAUUUUACCAGCCUCUCACCUGACACAAUGGAAGGACACCACAAGGGACGAAAUGUAUGUGUUUCUCGCACUGAGCAUGAUGAUGAAACACUCCGGGAAACACGUCAUCCAGGAUUAUUGGAGCAAAGACAGCCUUGUUCCAUCACCCGUGUUCAACAGGUACAUGUCACAUGAUAGGUUCCUGUUGCUUCUCAGGUGCCUGCAUUUCGAAAAUAAUGCAAAUGAGGGCAGACACGACAGACUUUGGAAGGUACGGAAGGUUUUCAGUGACAUGAGAGGCAAGUUCCGUGACUAUUUUGUACCUGGACAGAACGUGGUGAUCGACAAAUUGCUUGUACUGUUCAAGGGGCAACUGUCAUUCAAGCAGUACAUCCCAUCAAAGCCCCACCGAUUUGGACUAAAGGUUUUCGUGCUGAGCGACUGUGAAACUGGUAUCGUCAUGGACAUGAUACUGUAUUCAGGUACAGACGUUGACAUACCAGCUCAAUAUGAACACGGGUUUUCUAGCAGUGUUGUUAAAACCCUGAUGGAACUGUUGCUGAACAAGGGGCAUAUACUGUUCACCGCCAACUACAAUACCAGCCCCUGUUUGACCAGAUACCUCCUUGCCCAUAACACCGGCGUAUGUGACACUGUGAAGGCCCACAAGAAGGAAAUGCCAGUGUUUGGCAUAGAUAUUGCAGUGGAUGAUUGCCAGCUGCGCAAGUGUGACAACAUGCUCUCAGUACGGAGGAGGGACAGAUGCGAGGUGAAUAUGCUGACUACAAUUCACACCGGUGCCAUGUUGGAUAGUGGCAAAGUCCACUUUCAAACACGCUUCCCCAUGUAUAAACCACAUUGUGUCAUAGACACAUGA